AACUGCCAGCCGAGACCGCGGGCUUAAGGGCUGAGGCAGAAGGAGGGAAGGACUGGGAGACAGGUCAGAGGGAGAGAGGCUUGGGAAGCAGAAAAGAAAUUGCUCAUCACACUUACACAGAGGCAAAUGACGGUGGAGAUGAGGACAGAGACAACACAAUGAAAGCCAACAAACGCAAAUAGAGCGAGAGAGGCAAAAUGCCAAGAAGAACAUCCAUCAAGAGAAAUGAAGAGAAUGAAAGUUUUAUGCUGCAGAGCCGUUCUAUGCUUUUCCGGCACAAAAUUCUCUCGUUGUUUUUAAGCCCUUUUGCAUUUGCCAGCCGUUGACAUUGAGGCAUGUUCAGCGGUGCCAGCAGCAUCUCCUUUUCCUACUCUUCCUCUUCAUCUUCCUCCUCCUCCUCUUCCUCUUUUUCCUCCUCCUCCUUCUCCUCCCAUCAGCAAGAAGACAAACCGAGGACAGUCUUGAAAUACCGAGAUUUCCUCCUUGGGAUUUGCCAGCGCCGCGUUGCGCCAAGACUGUCGGAAUAAAGGACGCUGACUAUUGUACUAUUAUUUUAUUAAUUGGUCAGUGGGAAGAUUACAGAUGAGGAAAGGGGACGCCUGUCACCCUUCCUGCGCUAAGAUUGAAAAAUGAGGGUGAAUUGGGGAAGCCCUAAAAUGAAGCAAAAGGAAUAAGAUUUUUAAGGACAGAAAGCCACAGGAGCCCCACACAUAGCGCACUUUUGUUUGUUGUUUUAUUUUGGGGGUUUUUUUGAGAUUUUUUUUUUUUCAUAGUGGUGGGGGAGGUGUUGGGUGACUGACUGGCUGCGGGAAGCUGCUUCCUUUCCCUUUGGAGAUGAUUGUGCUAUUAUUCUUUGCCUUGCUCUGGAUGGUAGAAGGAGUCUUUUCCCAGCUCCACUACACGGUGCAGGAGGAGCAGGAACAUGGCACUUUCGUGGGGAAUAUCGCUGAAGAUCUGGGCUUGGACAUUACAAAACUUUCGGCUCGCAGGUUUCAAACGGUGCCCAACUCUAGGACCCCUUAUUUGGACCUCAAUCUGGAGACCGGGGUGCUGUACGUGAACGAGAAGAUAGACCGCGAGCAAAUCUGCAAGCAGAGUCCCUCUUGCGUCCUGCACCUGGAGGUCUUUCUGGAGAACCCCCUGGAGCUGUUUCGGGUGGAGACCGAAGUGUUGGACAUCAAUGACAACCCUCCCUCCUUCCCGGAGCCGGACCUGACGGUGGAGAUCUCUGAGAGCGCCACGCCAGGCACCCGCUUCCCGUUGGAGAGCGCAUUCGACCCAGACGUAGGCACCAACUCCUUGCGCGACUACGAGAUCACCCCCAACAGCUACUUCUCCCUGGACGUGCAGACCCAGGGGGAUGGCAACCGAUUCGCGGAGCUGGUGCUAGAGAAGCCUUUGGACCGAGAGCAGCAAGCGGUGCACCGCUACGUGCUGACCGCGGUGGACGGGGGAGGAGGGGUAGGAGGAGGAGAUGGAGGGGGAGGCGGCGGGGGAGGCGGCCUGCCCCCCCAGCAGCAGCGCACCGGCACUGCCCUACUCACAAUCCGAGUUCUGGACUCCAAUGACAAUGUGCCCGCCUUUGACCAACCCGUCUACACUGUGUCUCUACCAGAGAACUCUCCGCCCGGCACGCUUGUGAUCCAGCUCAACGCCACAGACCCAGAUGAGGGCCAGAAUGGCGAGGUCGUGUACUCCUUCAGCAGCCACAUUUCGCCCCGGGCACGGGAGCUCUUCGGACUCUCCCCGCGCACCGGCCGGCUGGAAGUGAGCGGCGAGCUGGACUAUGAAGAGAGCCCAGUGUAUCAAGUGUACGUACAAGCCAAAGACCUGGGCCCCAACGCCGUGCCCGCGCACUGCAAAGUGCUAGUGCGAGUGCUGGAUGCUAACGACAAUGCGCCGGAGAUCAGCUUCAGCACUGUAAAGGAGGCGGUGAGCGAGAGCGCGGCGCCCGGCACAGUGGUGGCCCUGUUCAGCGUGACCGACCGCGACUCAGAGGAGAAUGGACAGGUGCAGUGCGAGCUGCUGGGGGAUGUGCCGUUCCGCCUCAAGUCUUCCUUCAAGAACUAUUACACCAUUGUGACCGAGGCCCCCCUGGACAGAGAGGCGGGGGACUCCUACACCCUGACCGUGGUGGCUCGCGACCGGGGCGAGCCGGCGCUCUCCACCAGUAAGUCCAUCCAAGUGCAAGUAUCAGAUGUGAACGACAACGCACCGCGGUUCAGCCAGCCGGUCUACGACGUGUAUGUGACCGAGAACAACGUGCCUGGCGCCUACAUCUACGCGGUGAGCGCCACAGACCGCGAUGAGGGCGCCAACGCCCAGCUAGCUUACUCUAUCCUCGAGUGCCAGAUCCAGGGCAUGAGCGUCUUCACUUACGUGUCCAUCAACUCCGAGAACGGCUACCUGUACGCCCUGCGUUCCUUCGACUACGAACAGCUCAAGGACUUCAGCUUUCAGGUGGAAGCCCGGGACUCCGGCAGCCCCCAGGCGCUGGCUGGCAACGCCACUGUCAACAUCCUCAUCGUGGAUCAGAACGACAAUGCCCCUGCGAUCGUGGCGCCCCUGCCAGGGCGCAACGGGACUCCGGCGCGUGAGGUGCUUCCGCGCUCGGCAGAGCCGGGUUACCUGCUGACGCGCGUGGCCGCAGUGGACGCGGACGACGGCGAGAACGCCCGGCUUACCUACAGCAUUGUGCGGGGCAAUGAAAUGAACCUCUUUCGCAUGGACUGGCGCACCGGGGAGCUCCGCACAGCGCGCCGGGUGCCGGCCAAGCGCGACCCCCAGCGGCCUUACGAGCUGGUGAUCGAGGUGCGCGACCACGGGCAGCCGCCUCUGUCGUCCACGGCCUCUCUGGUGGUGCAGCUGGUGGAUGGCGCUGUCGAGCCCCAGGGAGGGGGCGGGGGCGGUGGGGUGGGGUCCGGGGAGCACCAGCGCCCCAGCCGCUCCGGUGGCGGGGAGACCUCUUUGGACCUCACCCUCAUCCUCAUCAUCGCACUGGGCUCGGUGUCCUUCAUCUUCCUGCUGGCCAUGAUAGUACUAGCUGUGCGCUGCCAAAAAGAGAAGAAGUUCAACAUCUACACGUGCCUGGCCAGCGAUUGCUGCCUCUGCUGCUGCUGUGGCGCGGGGGGCUCGACCUGCUGUGGACGCCAAGCGCGGGCGCGCAAGAAAAAACUCAGCAAGUCCGACAUUAUGCUGGUGCAGAGCUCUAACGUCCCCAGUAACCCGGCCCAAGUACCCGUGGAGGAGUCCGGGGCCUUCGGCUCCCACCACCACAACCAGAAUUAUUGCUACCAGGUCUGUCUGACCCCUGAGUCCGCCAAGACAGAUCUGAUGUUCCUUAAGCCCUGCAGCCCUUCGCGGAGUACGGACACUGAGCACAAUCCCUGCGGGGCCAUCGUCACAGGCUACACAGACCCGCAGCCCGACAUCAUCUCCAACGGAAGCAUUUUGUCCAACGAGGUAAGGCUGAAGCGAAAGGACCACCAUCUCUCAUCUCCUCCAUCUGAAAGCCUCCUCUAGUCCGGCCCUUGAAUCUCUGGUGCGCUGUGUAUUUAUUUUUAGGAUAUUAGCUUAUUUGUACCUUUGUAGGAGCAGAAAUGGGGAGGUCACCCUAUCCCACCCCUUCGUGUGUAACCUAAACUUCGUGUUGUCCCCAUUUUUCUGCGCUCCAUCCUCCUCCACGUUUAUUUCCAUGUCCUUCCUUUGGUGCUU